ACAGAUAAUGUUGCAAAUUGGGUUGGUUCUGUCACAACCUGAUUUCACCCAUACAGAUGACACACGUUCUUGCAGUUCCCAGUCUGUGAAAUUUGCCUGUUUUUUUUCCCGUAGGUAGACACUUCUCAACAUUUCUUACAACACCUCACCAGUUUACAGACGGUCGUUACUAUUCGACUGACACAUUCCUGUAAACGAACCUCGUCAAAGGCUCGGUGUGUGUCUUACCGGUGAGAUGAGCAAAGGAAUAAGUUAACCCUCACACCAGCAAGUCGGAAACAUUAAAUACCUGUCGCGAAGGGAUGGAUGUCCUGAACUUUGAUUUUGAUUAUAUAGACUUUGCGGAUGUGUUUGAUAAUUACACAAACGCAGAACCUGUACUUACUGAUCAGAACUCCAGUCCUUGCCGCACUGUAAAUUUUGGAAACUGGGUCAAUGUCAUGUUGGCCAUUGUCUGCAUCCUGGUGUGUUUCCUCGCCGUGACAGGGAACCUGGUGGUGAUGAUCGUCAUUCUUCACAAUCGGCGCUCAACAUCAUCCACGGACAUCUACCUGCUCCAUCUGGCCACGGCUGACCUGCUCUUUGCCGUCUCUCUGCCCUUCUGGGCAGUGGAUGCCAUGUUUGGGUGGGUGUUUGGCGAUGCCAUGUGUAAGGUUGUCAGCAUGCUCCAGGAGGUGAACUUUUACAGUGGCAUCCUGUUGCUGGCCUGCAUCAGUGUUGACCGUUACCUCGCCAUCGUCCACUCUACCCAGUCCCACAGACAGAAGCGGCCAUUCCUGAUCAAACUGGUCUGUGUUGUCGUGUGGGUGCUGUCCAUUCUCCUGUCUUUACCCAUCCUCUACAAGGGCAAGUUCGACUACUAUGGAAGAGUCCUGUGUUACGAGUUACUGGAGGGUGAAUCCAUCGCAAUCUGGAAAAACAGCACCAGGUUCUUGCGUCACAUCAUUGGGUUUCUCAUCCCUCUGGGAAUCAUGAUCUUCUGCUACAGCGUCACCAUCCUCAGACUGUGUCAGACAAAGGGUUUCCAGAAGCAGAAAGCCAUGAAGGUCAUUAUCGCCGUGGUGCUUGCAUUUCUCAUUUGCUGGCUGCCCCACAAUAUCACCGUGUUUGUUGACACUCUGAUGAGAAGCAAGCUCAUCGCCGAGACUUGUGACAGGCGCAAUCUCAUCGACCGGGCUCUGUCUGUGACUCGGAUUCUGGGAUUCCUGCACUGCUGCAUUAAUCCAAUCUUAUACGGCUUCAUUGGGCUCAAAUUCCGGAGGAACUUACUCAACCUUUUGGCUGAUAAAGGACUUAUUAGUCAACAUGCAAAAACACAUUAUAAGCGAUCGGUGUCCUCUUCCUCUGAAUCUGGAUUCGGUUCUUCUGCAAUAUAGAGUGCCUGUGAUGGUGGAAUCUCAUCCAAUCAAAAUGUUGUUGAACUAGAAGCUUAAAUACGAUGUUGGAACCAUUAUUGUGUGGGAUGUUUGUGGUGAACUACGUGUGCCUGUCUGGACACGCCCCCUUCUGACUGCUCCUGUGGCUCCUCCCACAGGCCCCGGUAUAAAGGCGAUCUGAGGUCUGAUACUCUGCCUCAUUCUCCAGGAUGUAGUAUGAUGGUCACUCACUGCUGGUUCCUUCUUCCAGUCAAUAAAAGCCAAUAUCUCGCCUUACGUCUCAGAGUGAGUUAUUGAUGGUGCAUCAAUGUUAUUCACUCUUUGCUGUUAUUUAGUUUGAUGGUCAAUAAACCCAAGAGAUUCUGCAGAUGCUGAAAAUCUAGAGCAAUACACACAAAAUGCUGGAGGAGCUCAGUAAGUCAGGCAGCAUCUUUGGAAAAGAGUAAACAGUCGACAUUUCAGUCCAAGACCCUUCACCAGGACUAGAAAGGAAGGGGGAGGAGUCAGACUAAGAGAUUGCAGAGAGGAGAGGAAGAAGUACAAGGUGGCAAGUGUUAGGUGAAACCAGGAAGGGGGGAGGGGUGUAGUAAAGAGCUGGGAAGUUGAUUGACCGAAGAGGUACAGGGCUGGAGAAGGGCGAAUCUGCCCAGGAGGAAAGGGAAGGGGGAGGAGUGAUGCACCAUCAAUAACUCUCUCUGAGAUGUAAAGGCAAGAUAUCGGCUUUUAUUGACUGGAAGAAGGAACAAGCAGUGAGUGACCACCAUACUACAUCAUGGAGACAGAGAGGCCGGGCUCAGACCUCAAUCACCUUUAUACAGGGGUCUGUGGGAGGAGCCACAGGAGCCGUCAGCAGGGGGCGUGUCCAGACAGGUAUAUGUAGUUCACCACAAGGAGCACCAGAGGCAGGUGAUGGGCAGGUAGGGAAAUAAGUUGUGAGAGGGAAACAAGAGUGGAGAAUGGUGAGGGAGAGGCGGGGGAGGGGGCAUUUACUGGAGUUUUGAGAAAUCAGUGUUCAUGCCAUCAGGUUGGAGGCUACCCAGACAGAAUAUAUCCUCCAACCUGAGAGUGGCCUCAUUGUGGCAGUAGAGGAGGCCAUGGAUAGACACGUCGGAAUGGGAAAGGGAAAUAGAAUUGCAGUGGGUGACCACCGAAAAAUCCCACUUUACGUGGCAGAGGGAGCGAAGGGCUUGGCGAAACGGUCUCACAAUCUGUGUUGGCUCUCACUGAUAUACAGGAGGCCACACCAGGAGCACCAGAUACAGCAGAUGAGCCCAACAGACUUGCAGGUGAAGUGUCAGCUCACCUGGAGGGACUGGUUGGGGCUCUGAAUGGUAGUGAGGGAGAAAGUGUAGGGUCAGGACUGGGACUUGUUCCACUUGCAAGGAUAAGUGCCAGGAAUGAGAUCAUUGGGGAGGCAUGAGUGGACAAGAAAGUCGUCUAGGGAGCGGCCCUGCAGAAUGCAGAAUGCAGAGAAUGGUGUGUCUGGUUGUGGGAUCCCACUGAAGAUGGCAGAGCACGGAGGCUAGUGGGGUGGUAGGAGGACGGGGUGAGAGCAGGUGUGCCUGAAAUGGAAGAGAUGCAGUUAAGAGCAGCAUUGACUGUGGAGGAAGGGAAUUCCCUUUCUUUGAAGAAGGAGGACAUCUCAUUAAUGCUGGAAUGAAAACCCUCAUCCUGAGAACAGAUGCAGCAGAGACAGAGGAACUGAGAAAAGGGAAUGGCAAUCUUACGAGCAACAGGGUGGGAAGAGGUACAGUCAAGAUAGAUGUGAGAGUCAGUGGGUUUAUAAGAGAUAUCAGUAGAUAGGCUAACUCCAGAGAUAGAGAGAUCAAGAAUGCUCUUUACUUCAGCCCUUCCCCCUCUCCCAGCUUCAUCUAUCACCUGCCACCUUGUACUUCUUCCUCUCUCCCCUCCCCUACCUUUUCAUUCUGAUAUUUUCACCCUGACCAUCCAGAUCUGAUGAAGGGUCACAGCCUGAAAUGUUGACUGUUUAUUUCCAUCUAUAGAUGCUGCCUGACCUGCUGUGCUCCUCCAGCACAUUGAGUGUUUUGAUGAUCAAUAAUAAUAUGAUUUGAAUGGUUUCAUCUCUGCUCUCCCAAUGACACCUCUCGCUUUGGUAUUUUCAUCUGCAACUUGUGUAUUAUAUGAUAUUUGGUGAUGGAAAAUGAACAGCAAGGACUACUGGCUUCACCCAGAAUGUUAGCACUGUGGAACAGGCCAUUCAGGCAGCCAAGCUGAUGCUAGCUUUCUGAAUGAGGAAGAAAUAUUUGCACAUCGGUUGAAGAUUGGUAGAUUGAUUGAGAACUACUCCAUAACCCAGCAUCAUCAAAUCGAGGCAUUGACUCUAACGCAGUGUAGGCAGACAGUAGAACAAUAUAUGUCUGCAGUUUUUAAGCUACAUAUUUUUUUAUCGCUGGCAUUGAUUUAGUCAUUAUGGUGAAUGUGGCAACGUCCCGUGGAAGAAAAAUGGACAGGAUGUGGGACGAGAUUAAUCUUGGAGUAGGAGAAAUGGUCAGCACAACAUCAUGGACUGAAAGGCCUUUUCUGUGUUGUAUAUUGUCUGUUUCAUCGUCCGUUUCUGGGAAGAUUGGUGAAGAAGCUUCAGCUUUGCUUUGACAACACAUCUUCAUUCAGGACUGUAACCAACUUUACCUUCCUUUUCAGUAUUUAUUUGUCUAUGCAAUUUCAAAUUUCAUAACCCAGGCCAUUCAGCCCAUGCCAUCUGCUCUGCCAUUCCAUCAUGGCUGUUCAAUUUCUUCCCCAUUCUCCUGCCUUCUGCACAUAACCUUUAACUACUCAAGAACUGAUCAAACUCUGUUUUAAAUAUACCCAGUGACUUGGCCUCCACAACCAUGUGUAGUAAUAGAUUCACCACCCUGUCUAUUCCUCUUCAUUUCUAUUUCUAUUCAAAAGGGAUGUCCUUGGGCACAGUCUUAGUGACAAGGACCCCUCAUUCUUCAAAGUGGAUCCCCUUCAUUCUUCGAAACUCUGGUGAGUACAGGCCCAGAGCCUCAUACAUUAACCCUCUCAUUGUGGGUGGCUCACCAGCACCGUGUGCAAUAACAUCAUCAGAUAAAGAUAUUGACGUGUUUGGGGAGAUGGAGAAGAUGCCAUUCCGAAGGCUGAACUGGAAGACCCGUUGUUUAUGUUGCAAAGCAUUCUUUGUUAACUUGAUAUUUGCUAUAACUGCAUUUAUGUUAAUAAAUGUUAUUUGGCUGA